GGGCGCGCGACACCUUGUCUCUGCCCGCUUGCCCCAAGGCUCAAGCUGCGCGAAGCUCCGGCGUCGUCGCGAUCCGAGUUCUGUGAGGUGCUCUGCCCUUUUUGUGCGACAAACAUUUGUUGUUCUGUACCACUCGACUGCGACCUAUUUAUCGCCCAUCCUCUGUCGUCGUUCCUUUUGUUCCCAUUACUAUGGUCAUUUGGGCAAGGAAACGCAGACCAAAAUGGACGGAGACUGGGACGAGGUUGCUCGCAUCCCCUUUCCGCCUCCGGGCAUCCACGCCGCAGCGACGCCCGUGUCGACCAUGACCUUUGACACGGCUCAAGAGCUGCUGUGGACAGGAAACGACUAUGGCCGCGUCACGUCGUUCUACCGCAGCGAGCUUCAACGCUAUACGUCCUUCAAGGCUCAUACCUCAUCCGAUGGCCCGGUUAGACAAAUACUCGUCAACGACAAGGGCGUCGUGGUACUGGGAUCCCGAGAUAUCCAUAUGGCUUCGCGGAAAGGCCCGCCGAUAUGGCAUAUAAGACACGAUGAUAUGAAAGACUUACGAUGCAUGAGCUUUACGUCCAAAGGGACGUCUGAAAUUCUGGUUGCCGGGUUCCAGGACACCAUGUUUGUGAUCGACCUCGCUAAGGGAGAGGUGGUCAAGCAGGUUCCGACCGCGUACUCCUACAAAGUUAUGAAAAAGAGCAGAUAUAUCUGCGCUGCCACAGAAACCGGCACAGUCAACCUGAUCGAUGCGGCCAACUUCUCCGUCGUUAAGAGCUGGAACGCCCACUCCGCCUUGAUCAGCGAUAUGGAUGCUCAGCAUGACUUCAUCGUCACUUGCGGUUACUCGCUGCGACAGGGGCGAGAUUACAUGCUUGAUCCAUUCUUGAAUGUGUUUGACAUCAAGAAAAUGUCGUCCAUGUCGCCGAUUCCGUUUCCUGCGGGGGCUGCCUUUGUCAGAAUGCACCCAAGAAUGUCGACGACUAGUAUUGUCAUGUCCACGAGCGGUCAAAUGCACGUUGUUGACCUGAUGAAUCCGAACACUAGUAAUGUGCGGCAAACAAACACAAUGAACUACUUGACCAUGUUCGAAAUCGCCCCAUCCGGCGAAGCCGUGGCUCUGGUAGAUGCGGAUCACAACAUACACAUCUGGGGUUCCCCUUCGAAACUCCGCUUCGUUGAUUUCGCGUCGCAGACCGAGUUCGCAACUCCGGAAGAGCCUCUGCCUACGAUAGAGUGGACUGCCGAUACUCCUCUCAACUCUAUUGGUAUGCCGCAUUAUCGUGAGGCGUUGCUGUCCGCUUGGCCAGAUCUUCUGUCCGAUGUUGGGGCUCCUCCGACCAAGCUUGAACCACAAUUUGUUGCGGGCCUCAAACAGUCCGAAUUCGGUCAAUACGGACGGAAUACACGGGGUCUUCGAAGGAACCAAGUUGAGGAUACUCGCAACUUGGACAGAGGAAACGCUUCGGGAAUCCUUGCGCCAAAAUUCCUCAGCGAAAAGGCUAGAGAGUUUGCUAUGACUCCAGUUGGAAAUGCAAGUGGCGACGAAAAGGUUGACGAUGUUGCUCACUCCCUGAUGCAAAUGGAAAUCGACCCCACCAAACAGGAGUGCCAUCCGAUGUACCGCAAUGUUGAGAUUAAGUACAGCAAGUUUGGUGUUGACGACUUUGACUUUGGAUUCUACAACAGAACACAGUACUCUGGACUCGAGAUCCAUAUCGCCAACUCCUACGCCAACUCUCUGCUGCAAGUCAUGAACUUUACGCCUCUAAUUCGAAACAUGGCUCUCCAACACGCGGCCACUGCGUGUGUUGCCGAUACUUGUCUGUUGUGCGAGUUGGGUUUCUUGUUCGACAUGCUCCAGAAGGCCGAAGGUUCCAUCUGUCAAGCGACCAACAUGCUGAAGACUCUCAGCCACCACCCCCAAGCCCCAUCUCUUGGACUCCUUGAAGAAGAUCCACAUGGCUCUACUUUGACGGUGAUGCUGCAGGGACUGACGAGAUUCCUUUUGGAAAAGAUUGUCCAGGACUAUCGUUCCAUCCCGCCUGGCUCGAAUAUGAUGGAGCAGAUACUCGCGACUUCCGCAACAAGUUCAAUUAGGUGCAUUAACUGCAGAUCCGAGUAUACUCGUCCUGGAUCGACUUUUGUCAACGAUCUGAUGUACCCGCAACCAGCAGGGACAGGGAAGAACGCCAACCGGACUCAGAAAGCGUCGAAAGUGACAUUUUCACAAAUACUGAAGUCAAGUGUCGAAAGGGAAACAACGUCAAAGGGUUGGUGUAGUCGAUGCCAGCGAUAUCAGACUAUCGCAACUCGCAAGACCAUUCACAAUAUCCCCGCCGUCUUCAUGCUGAAUACAGCAAUCGGAAACUCGGAGCAAAGGCGUUAUUGGUCGACACCUGGAUUCCUCCCGGAAGAAAUUGGCGUCAUAGUAGACCACGGCCAAUUCUUCUGUUACGAAGGAGAGGAUCUGAAGCUCCACCUGCAGCGCGGUAUCCACAACAUAACUGUGUAUUCGCUGGUGGGUAUGGCCAUGAACAUCGACCCAGGUCCGGGUCAAAAACCUCAUCUGGUUGCAAUGGCCAACGUUGCCCAUGCGCAGCCAACCGCCCCGGCUACUAGUCAAUGGCAUCUGUUCAAUGACUUCCUAGUCCGGUCUGUGAGCACCGAAGAAGCCCUUUCGUUCCACCCGCCCUGGAAGACGCCUUCGGUAAUCGCUUUUCAAGUUAAGGAGGCAAACAACAAGAUCGAUAUGGACUGGAAGAAGAACAUUGAUACCUCUCUUCUCUACGAGGAUAACAACCCUCACAAUGAUGGAAAGACAUAUCGAGCGCUCGAUUCGGCGAGUGAAAGGCCCGGACCGGAGAGCAUCGUCGCUUUAGACACAGAGUUCGUCGCCGUCCGUCAGCCUGAAAUCGAGAUGAACUCCGACGGCGAAAGAGAGACGAUUCGGCCAAUCGUGUACGCCCUCGCAAGAGCCUCCGUCGUUCGCGGACAAGGAGAAGACGAAGGCCUACCGUUCAUCGACGACUAUAUCUCGAUUAGAGAACCCAUUGUUGAUUACCUGACAUCAUACUCGGGUAUUACUCACGAUGAUCUGGAUCCCCGCAUUUCCAAGCACAAUCUCGUGCCCCUGAAGGUUGCCUACAAGAAACUUUGGAUUUUGCUGAACCUGGGCUGCAAGUUCCUCGGUCACGGCCUCAAGCAGGAUUUCAGAGUGAUCAACAUCCACAUACCGAAGUCCCAAGUCAUCGACACGAUCGAUCUGUUCUUCUUGAAAUCUCGCCUGCGGAAGCUCUCGCUGGCUUUCUUGGCGUGGUACUUGCUGAAAGAAGAUAUCCAGCUAGAGACUCACGACUCGAUCGAGGAUGCCCGGACAGCAUUGAAGCUAUAUCGAAAGUAUUUGGAGUUCGAGGAUGCUGGUAUCCUGGAACCGAUGCUUCAGGAUAUCUAUCGGGGCGGACGGGACGUCAACUUCCGGCCGCCUGCUAGGAGCGGACAGGCCGCUGAUGUCCAAAGGACAGAUACGCCUCCUCCCCUACCCAAAGAGGCUCCUACUACACCGGGCGCUCCGGGAGCUGGGACUUCGGCGAGUGGCGGUUUCGGGGCGGGCUCGACAUGGACACCGGGUAAGGGCUCGCCGCUUCGAUGAGGUGGUUGACACAACGCCGGGGACUCGUUGGUGGUAGAGUUCAGACGAUGCUUCUUUCAGUUGAGUUAGAGAGUAGUAUCAAUAUAACAGCAGGUCUUCUUACUCGUCG